AUGAAGAGGAGGAGGAUGGGAGCAGAGGCGAUGGUGAUGCUGCUGCUUCUCGCCAUGUGCUGUGUCAGCUCGAAGGAGCUGCGAGUGAGGGUCGUGGAGGACCCUUAUGAUGAGGAGGGAAUCACGAUCAGACAUUACGGGAAACUUGCAAACCUCCCCGCUGUCAACCAGUCGCAGCUGGCCAUGAUCGCGCGCUCGUUCCGCGGAGGUUUCGUCGAUUUCUCUGCGUGGAAUGGCAGGGAUGCCAGCGACACGUCAAGGUCGGCCUACUGCCUUGCUCUGAGGACCGCGAUCUUCCUGCUUGACCCGGUGUUGAGGGACGCUCUUGCGCGGCCGGAGCAGCUCACUUACAAGCUCUCUCCCGAACAGCCUGUAUCCUUGAUAGUUUUCACUAUGUGUGUGAAGCCUCGACUCGAUCCGGAGGACCCUGAGCGACAUGCUCUAAUUCGCUGGGAGGCUUCGUGGCCGGAGCCCAACGGAUGGAGGGGAUGGAAGGUUUUCCUUGCCCUGCAAGACUUCCAGGAGCACGCAGAUUCAGUCUUGCUCCUUGACACGUCGUUUGGAAACACGUGGAGUGUGGAGCUGCUGGAACUUCUCGGGUUGCCAAAAGAUCGAUGUCUGGUGAGUCCAUCUACCCAGUCCCACCCCACUGCACAGGGGGUAUCCGACGCUGCUGAUAAAAUUGCGCAAGCUUCUCCUGAUCGGCGGUGGUUCUUGUCAAGACAGAGGUGUAGAGUGAAACUUACUCUGUCAAUUUCAAGUGCACUAGGGGGCUGCAAAGUGCGGGAGAUCGUGAACGCAGAGGAGGUGAUGGCAGGGAUCCGGAAGACCUUCAGCUCCUAUCACCUCGUCCCCUUCGACAGCACGGGGAUGUCUUGCCGCGAGCAGGUCCGCGUCUUCGCAAGCGCCCACGUCGUCAUAGGCACGCACGGAGCCGGCUUGACGAACGUCAUGUUCGCUCCUUCAGGAGCAAGAGUCAUCGAGUUCCUCCCCUUCCUCCUCCUACAGUCCUCCGUUAGUCUCCUCCCCGCCCACCAGCGGGCAGCGACGCUGACGACAAUCCCUCCGGAGUCGAUGGUGCCUGACGACGCCACCUCCCUCCACAACUUCCGGGUGCCGGUGGAGAACUUGCUGCUGCACCUCGGGAAGCUGCUGCAAUGA